AGGGGGUUGGGGCAGCUCCUGUGACAGACGGAGCUGGAGCGGCGGGGCGGCGGCGGAGUCUGGAGGCCGAGAUAGCUAGUGAGCUAGCGAACGAGCAGCGACCUCGGAGUCUAGGGAUCAAGAAAGAGAAAGAGGGGAGCGCCCGGGCGCGAGCGAGAGAAACCGCGAGCGCCGGGCUUGGGUUCGAGCCCCGGAACGGCUGAGGAGCCCGUCCGCUCCCCUCCCCUCCCCCUUCCCGGGCCCGGGCCCAGCGCGCCAUCCUCCCCCUCCCUCCUUCCCUCCCUCCCUCCUUCCUCCCUUCCCUCUCCCUCUCCCCCUCCCCCGCCGGUGGAUGGGAGUGAAGGACGGAAGAGGCCCUGCGGAGGCGGCUGUGCAGCGCUCCGGUGGAAUGAAUCUUACUUGUUGACUCUCUCCUGGUUACUUGUUGAAUUCACUUGUGAAAGAAUCAUCUUCUCCUGUGUGGAAGCCACUUUGUGGCGUAUUUAAUUAUAAAUCCAGGGAUCACAAAGCUUUUUGAUUUCCCAAAGGAGGGGACAUACCACUAUAUCAAAUAAGCUUGACAUUACAGCCAAAAUGGUGCUGUCCCAGAGACAACGAGAUGAACUAAAUCGAGCUAUAGCAGAUUAUCUUCGUUCAAAUGGCUAUGAAGAGGCAUAUUCCGUUUUUAAAAAGGAAGCUGAAUUAGAUAUGAAUGAAGAAUUAGAUAAGAAAUAUGCUGGUCUUUUGGAAAAAAAGUGGACAUCUGUUAUUAGAUUACAAAAGAAGGUUAUGGAAUUAGAAUCAAAACUAAAUGAAGCGAAAGAAGAAUUUACGUCGGGUGGACCUCUUGGUCAGAAACGAGACCCAAAAGAAUGGAUUCCCCGUCCACCAGAAAAAUAUGCAUUGAGUGGUCAUAGGAGUCCAGUCACUCGAGUCAUUUUCCACCCUGUGUUCAGUGUUAUGGUCUCUGCUUCAGAGGAUGCUACAAUUAAGGUGUGGGAUUAUGAGACUGGAGAUUUUGAACGAACUCUUAAGGGGCAUACAGACUCUGUACAGGAUAUUUCAUUUGACCACAGUGGCAAGCUUCUGGCUUCCUGUUCUGCAGAUAUGACCAUUAAACUAUGGGAUUUUCAGGGCUUUGAAUGCAUCAGAACCAUGCACGGCCAUGACCACAAUGUUUCUUCAGUAGCCAUCAUGCCCAAUGGAGAUCAUAUAGUGUCUGCUUCAAGGGAUAAAACUAUAAAAAUGUGGGAAGUGCAAACUGGCUACUGUGUGAAGACAUUCACAGGACACAGAGAAUGGGUACGUAUGGUGCGACCGAAUCAGGACGGCACUCUGAUAGCCAGCUGUUCCAAUGACCAGACUGUACGCGUAUGGGUUGUAGCAACAAAGGAAUGCAAAGCUGAACUUCGAGAACAUGAGCAUGUGGUGGAGUGCAUUUCCUGGGCUCCAGAAAGCUCAUAUUCUUCCAUCUCUGAAGCAACAGGAUCUGAGACUAAAAAAAGUGGCAAGCCUGGGCCAUUCUUGCUGUCUGGAUCCAGAGACAAAACUAUCAAGAUGUGGGACGUCAGUACUGGCAUGUGCCUUAUGACUCUUGUGGGUCAUGAUAACUGGGUACGUGGAGUUCUUUUCCAUUCUGGGGGGAAGUUUAUUUUGAGUUGUGCUGAUGACAAGACCCUACGUGUAUGGGAUUAUAAGAACAAGCGAUGCAUGAAGACCCUCAAUGCGCAUGAACACUUUGUUACCUCCUUGGAUUUCCAUAAGACGGCACCGUAUGUGGUUACUGGCAGUGUAGAUCAAACAGUAAAGGUGUGGGAGUGCCGUUGAUUGAGUCUCAUUUGGCCCCUCCUCCCUUUUUUCCUCUGGAUGCACUCUGAUGAUACCAUGGUUACCCUAUUGAGCUCUGUUUAAAUAAAUAUUGUCCUUUCAUGUAAAUUAUUCUGGAUGUAGAUUGAGCUUAUUAAAUGUUACACACAAAGUAUUCAUGCAUGGUGAAUCCAAAUUGUAUACUGUAAAUUUACAUGCGUUGUCUAGAAGUACCAUAGGGUUUAAAAACCUGGGCCGGCAUUGGUCACACCAGGCCUAAGAAGGCAGAAAUCGAAUAAAUUGAACUAGGGCACUAAACUGAAUAAUUGACAGUGUCAUUUUAUGUUGGAUUAUUAAUUCCUGUUUUUCUUUCUGCUCUCUGUUGGUGCCUGAUUUGAUGGCCUCUUUUGGGGGAAAGUGGUGGUUAUUAGGGCUCUUUUCUGAAAUGUGUAUCUAUGUAACAUCACUUAAGUGUGCUUAAUAAAUCUUCAAGGAUGUUAGAUAAUAAGGCUACAAUUCAAACUCUUCUGAACCAUCUAUGUAAUUAUUGAGGAUUACACAUUGGAAUUUUUGUCAUGACACAUUUGCCAAAUCAAUAGGAUACAUUUGUUUUGGCAGCCUAGGCUAGUGGUAUAUUUAUGUAAGAAAAUGACUGUAAAUCUCAAGAAAAAUCUCAGCGGCUAAUAGCAAAUCUUUUAUUUCAUUUGGGUCUUAAUGCUUUGUAAGGUUGGGGGGAAAAACACUGUAAUACUGUAAGCUUCUAUUUUCCACACUAGACACACUUCUAGUUGUAUUCUUCAUACUGUUAGACUGCAUAGUGAGGUGACUUCCAAGUUACAAGUAGAAUUUAAUCUUCCCAUUGAGUGUGUCAUGACACAAGUCACUAUUGGGUUUUGAUGUUUUUUAGAGAUGUGCAAUGUGCAUUACAUAAUGACAGAGAAAUACUGAAAAGCUUAUGUAUGCUCAUUUUAAGGGAGUGGGAAAAAUACAGCAGUUUGUUUUUCUACAUGAAUCUGGUACCAGUUUGAACUGUUUAACUUACAAGUUAUAAAAAGACAGGGUUUAAUGAAGCAUGCAUAAAAAUGUACUGUUUUUCACCUUUUGUUUAUAUAUAAAUGUUUAUAAGUAUAUGGACCUAUCUGUUAAGUGGAUAAGUCUGUAUAUGUAUAUCACACACAUACAACCUCCAUGUCCUUGGGUCCUGGGUUUUAGAGGAAGUAAUAAAACAUACAAAUAGAAUAAAUCUUGCUAUGGAAUACCAUGCUUUAGAAUAAACCCUUUUUGAUCCUAAUGCUUUUGAAAACUAGGUCUGAGCUGUGGGAAUUUUUCCCACUUAAAGGGAAAUCAUAUCUAUUAUCUGUCCCUACCCCCAAUCUGGCUGUUCAGCAUUUUACACACCCUGGAUAUAUUGUAUAUUGUGAUCCAAAGUUUACUACAAGUAAAUUUAAGAGAAUAUUUGUCUAUGACUUUGGAAACAAUAUUCCAUUACAUAUUAUUAAUAAAUAAUUCCAUUGCUUAGCUAACCAACAGUUGUUUUUUUUUGUUUGUUUGUUUUUGGGGGGGAUUUUUUUUUAGGUGAUUUGAAAAGUUAACAGAAAUGAAAUAACAAAGACAAUUUAACAAAGAAAUUUAUUCUGAACUUCAUUUUAUUCAUUUGUAUAAUAUGUGGUUUUUAAAAUGUUCCUUUUAGUAUUUAAUGGAAAUCUGGUUUCUGAAAAAGACAAAGGGUUAGAGUUAACGUCCUGUAGCUGCACAGAGAGUAGACUGGUGUAUUUACUAGAAGCAGCUUUAUGUCUAGCCUGUGUCUUUUGUUUGCUUGUUUGUUUUUAAUUCCUGAGAAACGUCUCUGGAAGGAAAGGUGUUUUGAGAACUGAUGGCUAUUUUUGAGGACAAAAUUAUACCUUAAGCUAAUUGCUUAAAUACAGUAGAAUAACUUUCAGGACAAUACUGCCUCACAACCCUGCUCACCUUGAGAAGCCUUUUUUGUUUCCCCUUAGCUGUUCUGACUGGAUUUUUCUACAAAAGCUAUGGAAAAUAUCUUUGUUCUUGUUUGCUGCUAUUUCCUGUACUGUUUUAAGAAAUAUACAUAGAAAUGGUGCAUCUUAACAUUCGUUUGUACAUGUAUAAAUGUCUUGUAUUUUAAUUCAUUUUUAGCAUGUAGCAACACAAAUUGUUUAAGGGUAAGCCACAACAUCUAGAAAUCACUCAUAGAUAUGAACAACAAAGGAAAAAAUGGUACCAAUUUAGGGGGAAACAAAGCUGCUGUACGCUAGGUUUUUUACCUGCAGCAUACAGUGACUUUUGUUGACAAAGGAGAAAAAUUAUUACUCUGUAAACAGUUAUCCUUACUUGGGAGAUUGCCACAGCCUGCUGCUUAGUUGAGUUACCAGACAUCCUCCAUUUAAGAAGCAGCGAACAUUGAAUCUCAGGGAUGGUCCUCAACUGGAUCCAAAUGUAAGGAGCCCUGUUUGAAUAAUGAAGGGGGGGAGUGGUCCAUCCACAGUCCAAAAUCAGAUUUUCAGAGGUUUCCUGCACUGUUGUUUGAAAUUGCCCUGUUGAUGCCCUUUCUUCCUGUUUCCUCUGUUUUCUCUGUCUGCUGUCUGACCCUGUGCCUUGCCUGGGAUAAGUACAAUGAUGAGGUUACUGGUUUGGAUUGUAAGUAGAGGAAAUUGUUAAUUGGUUUAGAGGUUCACUGCUGCUUUGUCACUUUCUCAAUCAAAUUGGCCAUUUACUUAAGAAAUAAAAAGCUGGUAGAAUUGCAUCCUCAGAUGAUUAUUGACUUCGUGUGUGUGUGUGAAAAGACAUUCCAGUGCCACCCUAAUACAAUGUGCCCAAGAAGUCCUAGCUGCACUCUUGAAAGUGCAAGCCACGGAAACUGUGGUUUAGACAUCGCUUGGAGAAUAGUUGCUUUUUAACAUGGCAUCUUGCACUUUAGGAGACCAAGACCGUCCAGUUUUGUCCAUGUGUGGUGUGACCAAUGGUGUGCCCAGAGCACUGCUCUGAAGUCACUAGUGUUAGCAAGUCGUCUGGGCUGUGGGGCUCGCUGUAGUCUUUGGAAGCUUUGGCUCUAGAUCACCAAGCCCAGUCUCCUUUCUGUCAGUGCCCUGCUCUCCUGUUCGCCUUUUUCUGUUUCUGUGUGAACUUCCAGGUAAUAUCACUCAUUAAAUAGUUUUUUGUAAAUUUAUUUAAAGAAAAACUAUUUAAAAGUAAAGGAUAUUUUGUUUUGUUGACAGUGGUGGCUUGAUAAUCCUUAAGCAACUGACGUUAAAAUUGUUGGAUUGAAGGACAAGGCACUUAAAAUGGUUACUCUUUCUGUCCAGCUGUAUAUAAGUCCAAUGUGUUAAUCUAGAUGAUGCAAAGAAGAAUCUCCUGGUAGAGAAGCGACAUGUACAAAAUUGGUGGAAAAGGUUUUUGGUUUUUUGGAGUUUUUUUUUCCAGUGGGGUGGGGGGAGGGCAAGCUGGAUUUACAAGUCACGACUGGACUGAACUGGCCUUUUUAUCUUUCCACUAUAUCAUGUAAGUAGCUGCUUUGUUGUCCUGCCUAUCCUUCGGGCAUCCCUAAAGCUCACUCGAAGAUGACAGAAACACAAACUUCCGAGUUAGAUGAUUCUGACACUGACAUGAAGGCAAGCAUUGAUUUCAUAUGAACAUUGCAGAGGUGGUGAUUGGAGGAAACAGUUCCCCAGAUUGUAAGAGCUAACUGAGGAUAUUGACACAAUUUAAAAAAAAUCAGUAAAGGAAUGUAUAUAAUAUUGCUCUUGUGUUUUACAGUAAGAUUUGUUGCUCAGACUGUGUAAAACAAAAUUUAUUCAUGUUUUCUGCAUAUUAAAAAUCUUAUUGUACCAAUUGGUAAACUAUUAAAUGCCUAUAAAACUA